CCCGAUGCUGGAAUGUCCUGCUCGUCCACAGUCAGUUUGUGUUUUCCUCGGAAAAAGGGGUUAAGUGAAGGACAGACCUUACGUUAGCCGGAUUAAGUGAAGCACAAGAAUUGUAUGGCUGUACGGAUUAAGGGAACGACCACUGUGCCUGUCCAUGUGUGUCUGUGUGUGUGUGUGACGGUGUGCUGCUCGUGUAUUAUUUCACGCUAAGCAUAUUUUUACGACGCACUUUACGCGCGCCCACCGACCAGCGUGAGGCUUUCAGCGUAGGCCUUUCAAGGAUAUGCCGUUUUGUAACCUUUCGCACGACCACAACCUCACGUCAUGGGCCAGGAGGACGGUUCUGGGAGGACGGUGUAAAAGCUUCACCUGACACCAUAAUCAUAAUCUUCGUCGCACGGCCGUCGGUGUACGUGGAAUAAUUCAUGAAGUUGUUACGUGCAACAGCCACACCAGCGUGGCGUAAAGUUGAGUCCGGGGAAACUGAAUGAUUAUAAUAAGUGAACUCAAGCAUCCAGAGCCGCCGACACUUGCCGUGAAGUGGUCCAGCGGUUAUCGGCCCACGGAUCAUCAAACCCGGUGCUACCGAUGCCGAGUGGACAAAGGUUUUGAAAGGCAUCAACACAAAGCAAAAGAAGUAAGAGAGAAAAGAAAACAGUGAACAAACAGAAGUUCGAGUGGAACGUGAAGAUAGUGAAAGCGAGCGCCAUUUGGACGUCUCUGCUUAAGUGAAUCUGCUUAAAAACAUCAAAGUGAUGUCCGGCGAACAGCAGAAGGAGUUUCUUUCCGAGCACCAAUUCCCACAGUCCGGCACCGAAGGACGGACGUGUUGGGAAGCAAUUGACCGUUAAUCAACCAUCGCACCGAAAAGCCCGGGACCGGGUCCCUUCCGUUUGUGUUGAGCUUGUGUUUGUGUGUUGGCUGAGAAGCGUUGUAAAAUAAAUUCAAGUCGUGUCCUGCCGCAAGUGAGCAAGUGUCCGCGUCAUCGUAGCCGCGUAAAGGGUCACCUGCGAACCUGCCGAAGUGUCACCGCCGGCGAAACACACCCCAGCGGCUCGCAAAAGCCCGUCCCACCGGAAGACAAUUUCUUGCCACAGAAGGCGUUUUUAGUUUGUGCAAGCUCCGAGUACGGCCGAGAUCCGGUGCCAUCGGCCGGACGCCGGGUUUGUGUGGACGGUGAAUGAAUAAAUUUUCGCAAACACCGGCAAUCACAAUCCGGAAUCCGGAAGGAGUUCCCGCAGGCGGAAAUUAGCAAAACCCCAGCCGGCAAACAGCUGUGGCGACGCGUGGAAUGACUCGAGUCGUAACUAGGAAAGCCCAUCGGAAGUGCAAAUGCAACACCAUGAACGCAAAUCUCCCGCUUAUUGCAGCGUUUAUCAAUUUUAUCGUCCUUUGCUUAGCAGACACACUCAGCCCCGAGAUGCAAAUGUACUGGGAAAAUCACAUGGUGCAGCCGUAUUUCGAUAACACGACCAAGCGCGAGGUAACGGCCAUCGCCGGCCAAACCUGCCAGCUUCACUGUCGUGUGAAGAGUCUCGGGGACAGAGCGGUAUCGUGGAUUCGCAAGCGUGAUCUACACAUACUGACGGUGGGGAUCCUUACCUACACCAAUGACCAGCGUUUCCAGUCGCUGCACACAGACGGAAGCGACGAGUGGACGCUACGGAUAACGUCUCCGCAGGCCCGCGACUCGGGUGUGUACGAGUGUCAGGUGUCAACCGAGCCGAAGAUCAGUCAGGCAUUUCGAGUGAAUGUUGUCGUCUCGAAAGCGAACAUCCUGGGCAACUCGGAGCUGUUCGUCAAGAGCGGCAGCGACAUCAACCUGACCUGCGAGGCGCUGCAAUCGCCCCAGCCACCAUCCUUCAUCUACUGGUACAAAGGUGGCCGGGUAAUCAACUACUCGCAGCGCGGUGGUAUUAGUGUCCUGACGGAGCAACAGACCCGCACCAGCCGGCUGGUCAUAUCGCGAGCUUCUCCGUCCGAUUCCGGGAAUUAUACCUGCGCUCCGAGCAACUCCGAUUCGGCUAGCGUUGUGGUGCACGUCAUCAAAGGAGAGCAUCCGGCCGCGAUGCAACACGGAAUAAAUGGCGCUAACGUGGCUCAUUCAUCAACAUAUACAGUUACGGUGAUCAUAUCGGUCUGGUUCCAGCUUCUUCUACUUGCUCGGCCAUUGCUGGCGAAUGCAGCUGUGCGAUAGAUAAGCCACGGGAAACACGAAACCAUCUACAAAGUAUUCAGUAACAUCCAAGUCGGCCGACAGUCAGCCGGCACUCCUCCUUCUCAUUAACCCACCUCAGUCGGAUUAGCGGUGUAGUGGCGGAGGGCGCCGAGCGACAUAUUCCCGCCAAUCAAACCAUUGUGCAGUGAGUGUGUGCUUGUGUCGAUGCGUUACACAGCGUGACACAGAAUCUAUCUUCAUCCGGAUAUGUCGAGCCCGACGACAGCGACGACGACGACGAAGACAACUCGCUAAGCACCGCCGAAGAGAGACGGAUGAAUGAGCCGAACGAACGUGCCGACAGAGACAAGCCAGGUGAGCCAGGUCGUGCCAAGUGAGCGGGCGGCCAUACACCAGCCGGAUGUAGUUAGGGAUCGGGUUUGGGGGUUUGCGGCGAAAGAACAGCGACACAAAAUAGCGUGUGUGGGGCGCACCAUCGAAUCGAGCGAAAAGAUAACUAAAUUCCACCGUGUCAAAGCUGAGAUAAUAUCCUUCGCGCGAGGUAAACCCUCUGUGUCGCCAUGUGUCCUCUUUGUCCUGGUUAGCGGCUGCUGCUAGGGCGCAGCGCUGAGUGUGCCCUCGCCGACAGCGACCUACCGUGAUGAUGAAAGCAUCCUUUCGCCUGCAGACCCGAUAAAAAGAUAAACAUGAAACGAAAACAACACCUGAAGAUGCUGAACUUCGCUGAAUAUGACAUACUGACACUCUGGGCUCACGUGGCUCCUUCUGCUAGCUUGGCACACUGCUGGCAAAAAGGCGAGAACUCGAUCUCUCUCUCUCCAUCGCUUCGGUUCGUCUUCAAGGACGGUCUUUUCAUCCUGCCUGACGUGCAUCUGUGCGUGUAUUUGUGUGGAGCUUCCAUUCAAAUCACUGGAGCGAAGGACGUGCACGUACACGAUCACGUACGAUAGGUUCGCUGUUUUGCUGGAUACAUACGUCCUUGCCCACCACCUUGCCGGUGCUCAACACGACCGGCACCGUAUGCACUCGGCGUAUCGCGAAAGAGUGAAGAUUUGCUGCGAGCUUUGCUGAUUUCACCGGAGACAUCGAGUGCUUUCCCCCACACGCGCGCGCGAAGACACCGCACGGUUAAGGGUGUGCUUCCCUUCCACAGUCCAGUCGAGCACGUUGCGCGACGUUCAAGUUCAGACAAAAGUUUAUCAUAUCCGUGUAUGACGAAAGCUUUGGGGAAUUUCAAAUUUCCGACGGCUCCCAAAUCCUUCCUGAGAAGCUGGAGCUGCCGUGCUGGGAAAGUUUUUCCACCUAAUGGGUAUUUCGCUUACGUCGGUGAGUGUGUGUGUGUGUGUGUGUGUGUUUGUGGCUGCGGUACGCGAGGAUAGCUUAACAUAACAUUAACAACACAAAUCCCUCCACCUUGAUAUGUGUGUUUGGCCACCACUGCCGCGCACUCCCGAUUCUCCCGAAUCCUGUGCACCUUCCCAUGCGAACUGCCCAGAAGUUUGAGUGCAGUGGUGGAAUAAAUUGUACAAAGUUAAAAUAAGGAUCGAUAAAUUUAAAUCAAUGCUGGCUAACUUUUUACAUCACUCUUGUGUUGUGUGGUGCGCGCGCGAGUGUCGUGGGCAAAAGUUGCCGAACUUACCGCGUGGAAGUUGUUUGGUUCGACAACAACAACAAACCCCAUUUUCGUGUGAAAUGAAUCAAAAGCUGUGCAAAUAUUGUGGCCACCCGCAUCCCACCGGCAGGGCACAGUAAUACAAUAAAAACGCACCGUCGCUCCACAACACAUUGCCAACGAACAGGGUCGAAAUCGGCUUACCUUGCUGGAAGACGCCACGCGAUCGCAGCAGUACGCGAAUAAAUCAUGGACUACGGGAGGGUGAAACGUAUGCGUGUAUGUGGGUGUGUGUGUGUGUGAGUUGUAUUUACCUAACAGUAACGCACCGGAAAGCAGCUUUUGAGAAAGUCUAUAAUAAAACUCGUAACAGGCACGCGAAACUGCUCCGAAGAUGCUCGCGCCGGUCGAUCAAGGGUGCAUGGGCAGGGACAGGAAACGUUGCGGGCGACCGGAUGCUGUGCCGCUGGUCUUGAUGGUGUUGGUCGUGUUUGAAACUUUCACCCAAAAAAGGGUCUCUUGCGCGUGGAAUGUAGCGAGCGAAUGAUUGUGGUCGUGCGGCAAGAAGCGCUUUUCUUACGUCCUGAGAGCAGGACUCUGGCGUGCAGGAAGAAAAGGCACAACAAUGGCAGCCGGGCACCGAUACAAAAGCAGUUUUCCGAAAUGAUUCUUCGCUGUGUGGUUCGUUUUUUUUUUUUGCCUCGGUGAAAGUCCAUAUUUUCUGCGCCAACCCCAUUAUUUCGUCAUCGCCCGGCCAACUUGCCAACUUCCCCAAUCCUUUGAGACUCGCAAUUGUAAAUAACGAUGUAAAUACUAAAUCCUAUACAUACCACACAAUACAACCACACCGGUGAGGAACAGAGCUAGCACUGCUGGACUCAAAGAGGCAACAGCAACAAAAGUGUGCUAUGGAGAGAAAACAGAACGAGAGACAGAGAGAUAAAUAGAAGCGAUCUGAUGCAUUUUACUGACAGUAAGCGAGAGCGCGCCAGACAGUAGAUGUAAAGAGAGAGGGAAGUUGAUGUCAACAAAGAAAUUAAAACAACAACACAAAAUGCACUCGAUCUACCCGACCGGUGUGGUGGUAAUGAACAGUUAUAGACAAUUUUAUAAUAAUGAACAAUAUGCGAAAACAAAGCUAGUAAAUACAAAUGACAAACAAAACAGAGAAACAAAAGGAGAAGUAAACAAAAAUGGAGCGAGAAAUGGAUGAGAUGAGCGAAGAGAAGCGGCAGUAGCAAAUGAGACGGAUGUUGUAAAGUGGAAAUGUUUUAAGUACUAUUAGGUUGCAUAAAUGAAUAAAAUGAGAAAAUUGAUAAAUACCGUAACGAUCUGA